AUCGGAUCCACCGCGACAACCACAGUCGUUGGAUCAGAUCGACACUGAUUACCAUACACUCGUUUAUCCGAUUGUUCCCUCCGUACUGGAGUGCCACUCGCUAGAUCGUGCUUUCUAUGGGAGCGCAGCUGUGUGUUGACGUUGCGGUCCCUGUUGAUCGAUCCAAGGCGCCUAUCCAGGCAAUCAUUGAUACCAAUUCUUCCCCCCUCAUUCCACAAGUCCUGGACCCCGCAGUCUCUUUCUGAUCGGGACAGGCAAGCCGUGUAUCCUAGAAUAAGGUAUCAGAGGCCAUCUGGGAUACUCAUCAUGGGGUUCGGGAGCUUCGAUGACAUUUGUCGCAAGACACCUUUACCCCUCUGCUCUCUGGUAGGGGGGCCGUCGCUGGUGUCCGGGGAGACUGGAAUACUGCCAACCUGCUAUGCACGCAAUAUCGAGGUUGCCAAUACCAUCAUCUUCGAGGGCGCAUCAGAUUUUAUGCAUAUCCUCGCCUUGAUCAUGACAGCUAUUAUGAUUCUCCACGUGAGGUCUAAAUUCACUGCAGUCGGUCGCAAGGAGAUCAUGACUUUCUUCUACAUUUACAUGGCGCUGACUAUCUUCUCUCUCAUCAUUGAUGCUGGGGUUGUCCCACCUGGCAGUGGACCAUUCCCGUACUUCGCCGCCAUCCAGAUUGGUCUCGCAUCCGCUCUAUGUACAAGCCUGCUCGUUAACGGUUUCGUCGGGUUUCAACUGUAUGAGGACGGUACAAAGCUUUCGGUGUGGCUGCUCAGGCUCAGCUCACUCGGCAUGUUUGCGAUCUCCUUCAUAGUAUCGCUCUUCACAUUCCGGGGGAUCGCUGGCCUUUCACCAAACAACACCGUAGGUCUGUUUGUCGUGAUGUAUAUUCUCAAUGCAAUCUCCCUGGUCAUCUACCUAGUGAUGCAGAUUCUACUGGUUGUCAAUACACUGGAGGACCGCUGGCCACUAGGGCAUAUUGCGGCGGGCAUCUUCUUCUUCGUUGCCGGCCAGAUUAUCCUCUACGCGGUGGGCGAGACCAUUUGUAACAAGGUACAACACUAUUUGGAUGGACUCUUUUUUGCCACCUUCUGCAAUCUUCUAGCAGUGAUGAUGGUCUACAAGUUCUGGGACUCUAUCACCAAGGAGGAUCUCGAGUUUUCUGUCGGAGUCAAGCCGAAUAGCUGGGAAGUUAAGGAACUCCUGCCUGAAGAAGACCGCCGUACGACCAUUUAUCAGGACGCUGCUUCCGACUACGCCGGGAGCAUGUUCCACCAUCGCCAAUCCACCUCCUACAACUACUGAGACGCCUCUUAUGAUUUGUUAUUAUAACUAUUUAUUGUACUUAAUAUAGGUGUGCGACAACGUGCGCAUGAUACUUCAGUUGAUGUAUAUUUUUUCCUGGGUAUCUAAUGCUGUGUCUUGGCUGUCUUGUGUCCUCCACGUCCACAUAUAUCGUUAUCUAUUUGUAGCCCGUUGGGCUUUCCUAAGUUUCAUGUCCUAUCUUGAGGAACAGCAGCACUGAUGGUGAGGAGUUUGGGACGCUGUAACUAGGAUUUAUGUUCUCCAUCCAAUUACAGCAAAAGACACACCCGCAUAAUUGUAUAGUGAGUGAUAGCUUUACUCGGUCCAUUAUGACCGAUAGCAGAUUCAAUCAUAUGUCUCUUAAUGUACAUGGCAUACACACCGCUAGCGCAACAAU